AUGCAAAUCUUCGUUAAAACUUUGACAGGCAAGACCAUCACCCUCGAGGUCGAGUCCAGCGACACCAUCGACAACGUUAAAUCCAAAAUUCAGGACAAGGAGGGUAUUCCACCAGAUCAGCAAAGAUUGAUCUUUGCCGGUAAGCAACUUGAGGACGGAAGAACCUUGUCUGACUACAAUAUCCAGAAGGAGUCCACUUUGCACUUGGUGUUGAGAUUGAGAGGUGGUAUGCAAAUUUUCGUCAAAACUUUGACGGGUAAGACCAUCACGUUGGAGGUUGAGUCUUCCGACACCAUUGACAAUGUCAAGUCGAAGAUUCAGGACAAGGAGGGUAUCCCACCAGACCAGCAGAGAUUGAUCUUUGCCGGUAAGCAAUUAGAGGACGGCAGAACCCUUUCCGACUACAACAUCCAGAAGGAGUCCACUCUUCACUUGGUUCUCAGAUUGAGAGGUGGUAUGCAGAUCUUCGUCAAGACUUUAACCGGCAAGACUAUCACUCUUGAGGUCGAGUCCUCUGACACUAUUGACAACGUUAAAUCCAAGAUCCAGGACAAGGAAGGUAUUCCACCAGACCAGCAGAGAUUGAUUUUCGCUGGUAAGCAGCUUGAGGAUGGAAGAACUCUCUCCGACUACAAUAUCCAAAAAGAGUCCACUCUUCACUUAGUUCUUAGAUUGAGAGGUGGUAUGCAAAUCUUUGUCAAGACCUUGACUGGUAAGACUAUCACUCUCGAAGUCGAGUCUUCCGACACCAUCGACAACGUUAAGAGCAAAAUUCAAGAUAAGGAGGGCAUCCCACCAGACCAGCAGAGAUUGAUUUUCGCUGGUAAGCAACUUGAGGAUGGAAGAACCCUUUCCGACUACAACAUUCAGAAGGAAUCUACCUUGCAUUUAGUGUUGAGAUUGAGAGGUGGUAUGCAAAUUUUCGUCAAGACCUUGACGGGAAAGACCAUCACCCUUGAAGUUGAGUCGUCCGACACCAUUGACAACGUCAAGAGCAAGAUUCAGGACAAAGAAGGCAUUCCUCCAGAUCAGCAGAGAUUGAUUUUCGCUGGUAAGCAAUUGGAAGAUGGCAGAACUCUCUCUGACUACAACAUCCAGAAGGAGUCCACCUUGCACUUGGUCUUGAGAUUGAGAGGCGGUCAAUGA